AUGUCAGCGAAAAUUAUCGUUUCCAAGCGAUUUGUUUCUAGUUCAAAUAUUAACCUUAAUUCUAAAUCUUAUGGGUUUGAUAUUAACAAUAUCUGGAAUCAAAUCAAUGCAAAAAAAUAUGCAGACAAGUCAAAGAAAUCAAAAGCCAUCAAGAAAGUCAUUUCGAACUAUCGUCGUUCAACUCAUCCAACAUCGGUACCUUUGAAUAAAUUAUUUUCUAAUAGUUUCCCACUCUCAAUAAAGGAAUCUCUUGAUGAUUAUGCAUCUCGCCAUAAUCCUCUCAAGUUUCAACAUGAUCUACUUUCUUUACUUCCAUUCUUUCCUCAUCCUGAUGCUUUAGGAAGAUCAAGUGAAGUAAUUCAUACUCCUAUUGAUGAUUCUGGAAAUUUCAUAAAUGAGUUUGUAGUAUACCCACCAGGUAAAACUCAAGCCGAUACAGCCAAAAUGAACCAUAUAAUCUUAGUUCAUGGUUAUGGAGGUGGUUUAGGAUUCUUUUUAAAGAAUUUUGAUGGACUUUCUACGAUGGAUAAUUGGUGUAUUCAUGCAGUUGAUUUACUUGGAUAUGGUUGUUCAUCUCGUCCUCCAUUUAAAUUAGCUGAAGAUACAUUAGAAGAAGUUGAAAAUUGGUUCCAUAAAUCUUAUAAGACAUGGAUAACUCGUCGUGGGUUAGAUAAAUUAUCUCCUGAAUCUAAGACUCUUGUCGUAGGACAUUCUAUGGGUGCUUAUUUAAUGGCCACUUAUGGAAUAAAGGUUAAUCCCAAAUUUUGUGAUCAUCUUUUAAUGUUAUCUCCAGGUGCCAUUAUUCGUCAUCGUAAUCCAGUAGCUGUUCCACGAUAUUUUGCAGCCCUUUGGGAACAAAACAUCUCCCCAUUUUCACUUGUCAGAAAGCUUGGACCCUUAGGUUCAAAGAUUGUUAGUGGUUGGUCAUCUCGUCGGUUUGCUCAUUUAACACCCCAAGAAGCUAGUCUCCUUCAUAAAUACGCAUAUGGGAUCUUUCUGGCUCCAGGAUCAGGAGAAUAUAUGUUAAAUUAUCUUCUUGCACCUGGUGCAGAUGCAAGACAUCCAUUAAUUGAAAGAGGUAUUCACAAGUUGGAUUGCAAAGUUUCUUGGUGGUACGGUAAGGAAGAUUGGAUGGAUUCUAAAGGUGGUCAGUUAUGCUCUAAUAUUAUCAAUAACUAUCAUAAGGAUCCUACUAGAAGUUCAGUGUAUGAAUUUGACAACAGUGGUCAUCACAUAUAUAUUGAUUCUAUUGAUAAAUUCCAUUCAUUAAUGUAUAAUGAAAUGAAAUCACUAGAACAGGGUCCCAUAGAAACUUCCUCAUAG